CCACCUAGUUGGUCUUGUCUUGCAGCGUGCAUGUGUGUGUGAGAGAGGGCUGGACCUGGACUGUGCCUACCAAACCACUGCCCCCCUUUUCUCCUCAGAUUUACUCGAUUAUCUCCCCCCACCCCCGGCUCGGAAAGAAGAGGCCGAGAGUCCCGUUUGGAUCGGUGUAUGGAUCCAGUGGGAGGAAUAUCUGCGAGCAUAUACGCCAACCGGCUGCGGGCAGAAGGGAUGGGCUCCGUGGAGCACGCCGUGCCCUUCUCCAACCAGGACUACGAGGCCCUGAAGCAGGAGUGCGUGGAGUCCGGCUGCCUGUUUGAGGACCACUAUUUCCCCGCUGAGCCCACAUCGCUGGGCUUCAAGGAGCUCGCCCCGCAUUCUGCCAAAACGAGCGAUGUGGAGUGGAUGAGACCAACGGAACUGACAGAUGACCCUCAGUUCAUUGUGGGCGGAGCCACCAGAACAGACAUCUGUCAGGGAGCGCUGGGCGACUGCUGGCUCUUGGCAGCCAUCGGCUCGCUCACCCUGAACGAGAGGCUUCUUCACCGGGUGGUCCCUCAUGGUCAGUCCUUCCAAGACGACUACGCGGGGAUCUUCCACUUUCAGUUCUGGCAGUUCGGCGAGUGGGUGGAUGUUGUGAUAGAUGACAGGCUGCCGGUCAAAGACGGCGAGCUCAUGUUCGUCCAUUCUGCUGAGGGCAAUGAGUUCUGGAGUGCUCUCCUGGAGAAAGCUUACGCUAAGCUGAAUGGCUCCUACGAGGCCCUGUCAGGAGGAAGCACCACUGAAGGCUUUGAGGACUUCACAGGGGGCGUGUCGGAGAUGUACGAGCUCCGCAGCGCUCCCAGAGAUCUGCACCGGAUCAUUGCCAAAGCUCUGGACCGAGGCUCUCUGCUGGGCUGCUCCAUCGACAUCACCAGCGCCUUCGACAUGGAGGCUGUUACCUUCAAGAAGCUGGUGAAGGGACACGCCUACUCGGUCACCGGAUUAAAGGAGGUUGAUUACCGUGGAAACAUGGAGCGCCUUAUCAGAGUGCGUAACCCGUGGGGCCAGGUAGAGUGGACUGGAGCCUGGAGUGACAACUCCCCUGAAUGGGAUGAGAUCGACCCCUCUGAGCGAGAAGACCUGCAUCUGAAGAUGGAAGAUGGAGAGUUUUGGAUGUCCUUCAGGGAAUUCUUGAGGCAGUUUUCCCGGCUGGAGAUCUGUAACUUGACUCCUGACGCUCUGAGUGAGGAUGGCAUGAGCCACUGGAACACCAUCAAGUUCUACGGGACGUGGAGGAGAGGCAGCACGGCCGGCGGCUGCAGGAACCAUCCCAACACGUUCUGGAUCAACCCUCAGUAUAAGAUCACGUUGCUGGAGGAGGACGACGACCCGGAGGACGACGAGGUGGCGUGCAGUUUUUUGGUUGCUCUCAUGCAGAAGGACCGCCGCAGAUAUCGACGCCAAGGUCAGGACAUGCACACCAUCGGCUUUGCUGUGUACGCUGUGAACAUCGAUAGUUUUCAGGAAUUUAGGGGCUGCCAGAACGUCCACUUGAAGAAAGAUUUCUUUUUGAACCAUUCAUCGUGCGCCCGCUCUGAGACCUUCAUCAACCUGCGAGAGGUGAGCACGCGGCUCCGCCUCCCUCCUGGAGAAUACCUCAUCGUGCCCUCCACCUUUGAGCCGAGGCAAGAGGCCGACUUCGUCCUCCGGGUGUUCACAGAGAAGCAAUCAGAAACAGAAGAACUGGACGAUGAAAUCUCUGCAGAUUUAGAAAAUGAAGAUGAAAUAACAGAGGACGACAUCGAUGACUCUUUCAAGUCGAUGUUCGCUCAGCUGUCAGGAGAGGACAUGGAGAUUUCCAUCCGUGAGCUCAAGACCAUUCUGAACAGAGUCGUCACCCGCCACAAAGAUCUGAAGACUGACGGAUUCAGCACAGAAUCUUGUCGCACCAUGGUCAACCUGAUGGAUAAAGACGGGAGUGCUCGUUUAGGUCUGGUGGAGUUUCAGAUCCUCUGGAACAAGAUCAGAAAGUGGCUGGUCAUUUUUAGACAGUUUGACCUCGACAAGUCCGGAGCCAUGAGCUCAUAUGAGAUGCGUCUUGCCGUGGAGGCAGCAGGUUUUAAACUGAACAACAGACUGAACCAGGUUCUGGUCGCCCGGUAUUCAGAGAACGAGCUGAUCGACUUUGACAACUUCAUCUGCUGCCUGGUGAAGCUUGAAGCCAUGUUCAGGUCUUUCCAGCAGAUUGACAAGGAGGGAUCAGGAGUGGCUGAGAUGAACAUCACAGAGUGGCUUUACAUCACGAUGUGUGGAUGAAGAAGAGCACCUUCCCCCCGGGAGAAGCUCUUGGAAAACUGCUGAUAAAACCUGAAGACCCCCCCACAGCCUUAUAGAGCCGUUAAUCCUUUAACACAUCCCACCUCAGCGUACCUAGAGUAGCCAAACGUCGGUCUCACAGAGAGAAGCCAAGUGUCAGCCCCGCAAAAUGUUCUAAAACUAU